GAAGAUAGCGGCAUCUAUUUCAAACAAAUUGACCCUUUGAUUGUGUGUGUACAAUUCAGUACAAUUACAACAGAACUGAACAGAACACUGAAGAGUGGCCGGCAGUAUAACCUCUUUUCUUCCCGAAUUUCAAUUUUUCGAUGCAAUAAUGUCAACAUUAAUAUUAAGAUUUAUUGCGUCAUUAAAUAGGAGUACUCAUCACGUUUUUACAAAGUCUAGGUAUAUAAAUACGUCAAAUGUGAUAAAUCAACAGUCUAAUUUGCCCAAGCAACCUAAAAUAAAGAAAUCACCGAUUACAUGGAAAAGUUUGACAGUUUCCGGUAUUGUUGGUGCUGGACUAGUGUUCUAUGUGCAUCAUCUCAGAGAUGAAAAAGAUAAAUCUAUGGCACGAGAAAGAAGGCGGCAGUUGGGCAAAGCUAAGAUUGGUGGUAAAUUCGAGUUGGUGAAUUCAGAGGGAAAGACAAUAAAGUCCGAUGAUUUCUUGGGGCAGUGGGUAAUGAUAUAUUUUGGAUUUACACACUGCCCAGAUGUCUGCCCCGAUGAAAUCGAAAAGAUGACAAAAGUGGUAGACACUCUUGAAAAAGAACAUAAUUUGAAGAUACAACCAAUUUUCAUAUCGGUGGAUCCAGUUAGAGAUACACCCACCGUUGUCGGCAAAUAUGUCAAGGAAUUCUCUGACAAGAUUAUCGGUCUCACUGGCAACAUCGAACAAGUUGGACAAGCGUGUAAGGCGUAUAGAGUUUACCACAGUAGCGGCCCUAAGGAUCAAGAUGAUGAUUAUAUCGUGGAUCAUACGAUCAUUAUAUAUUUGAUAGACCCUGAAGGCCUGUUUGUGGAUUACUAUGGGCAGACACAUGAUGUGGACAAAAUUGUAACCAGCAUUCUUGUAAAUAAGUUGAAGUACGACCAAUUAAAAGAUGAUUCUUCUUCUUGGCUACCGUCUUUGCCGAUCAAGGGAGUGUUAUAAACGCGCGUUGCGACAUUCCUAUGUACAGAUUUUUAAGUCAGUAUUGUGCUGCAGGAAAUUUCUGCACGUAGUACAUCAACCCUUUAAUGGCAAGGUGGAUUUUCAGAUUAUUUAGAAAGGCUGAUUCAGAUCCAACCCGCUCUGCUUCGUUCUUUCUCCUAAUCAAUGUAAAAAAUGUAAAAGAAGCAAAUAUUAAUGUAAGGCUCUUCUGUUUCUUUCUAGAUGAAAAAAAAAAACAAAGUUUGUUAAUUGGGUCGCAUACGAACCACCUUACCAUUGAGGGUUAAUAUUAAAUAUGUGCAAAGUAUACAGGUUGAUGAAAA